AGUACAUGCAUACAGCCCUGAUCUAUCUAGUUUUUUUUCGUGUGGUGUUGGCAUUUGAAUCUAUUUAUACAUGUUUUUGCGCCAGGCCAAUGUGGAUGCGGACAACGAUAUCAUUGAUAUUGUUUUAUCGUUACGUUUACUGUUACGAAUACAAGUAUACCAGUGUGGCACAAAAGUGUCACGGUUGUCGCAAGUGUAUUUGACUGGUCACGUAUGAGAAAAGAAACUCGUCUUCAACGAGUUACUUGUCCCGGAGAAAUUAGAUUUUUACAUUACGUUUUUCCCUCUCGACGAGGGGGAGAGAAAGGCAUGUCUAUCCUCAUUAUUAGAUGCGGGUUAAAGUACGAUUAAAGAAAAACCUUUGUAAGACUGCUUUCAAUUUUUACGUAUUGUCCGUACGCAAAUCGAGAAAUUAAAUAAUUCAAAAUGCCAAAAGUGCCGAUUCGAAAAGUUAAGAGGGUCAGCGUACUGACCAAAAGGGCGCAGUGUUUGGGGAAACACUACAAGGAGCGAUCCUACAGACCAAUGUACGAGAAAUUGAAAAACAACAACAGUUACUUGGCUAAGGCACUCUCGAAGGAAAAGCAAAGCAGUCAGGCACUGUUCUCGCAGAAUGUACAGCUAAUUGGGGAGAUUCAACAGUUAAAUCGUGUAUGCAACACACGAGAUACUGUAAUUUCCAAUGUACUGAAUAAUGCAAAAGAAAUAUUGAAAAUGUUGGUUACAAUGACUGGAUAUAUGACAAACACUAUCUCCAUGUGUCAAGAGCUUGUUGCUUCCAACACUGCUGUGAGACUUUCUUCUGCUUCAGCUGGAAGAAAAGAAUCGUCCAACAGACUAUCGACAAAAUCACCAGCUAAAGGUGUGGUGAAACCUAUGGUAGGGGGGCACACCAUUACUAAGCCUACAAUUAAUUUAAGUCGGGUUAACAUGGAGAGUAUUAAUAAUAUAUCGAGAUUGAGUGAUAUACAAGAAGUAACUACACCUACUAGAAGUCCAGAAAUGAACGAAACUAGGUCACCAAUCAUUUCCUUGCCUUCCACACCUCUUAGAUAUGAAAAUAAUCGUACAUGCAGACUGCCCGAAAGACUGACAAUUUCUUCACCCCGAGUUAAUGCGGCAGAUGAGCAAAGAUUAAGAAGAAAAAGGCGAAGUCAUCAUUCAAAACGAUUAUCAGUAUCUUUUUCGCGAUCACGAAAUAGAUGGUCCGAUGAAGCUGCGUCAAAUACGGGACAAAUUGACGUAAUUGACACUAGCAUUGACAUCGAGAGUCAGGAGAGUAAUGAUGGUACAUCGCACGAGCUAUCGGAUAUAAUAAACGUAGUAUCGGAAUCGCAGAUAUCUGCUAAUGAUGAGAAUGAAACUCACACGGACGCAUCGAAGAAAGAUCCUAACGUACAAAUAAAUAAUAAGGUCUCCAACAAAGAUUUUAGUCGGAAUGUGAAUGUAACAGAAAACUCGAGGCUGUCGCAAAAUAAUACCCGAGCUUGGGAGGAAGAAGAUCCUCUGGAAGGUCCAAGUUGGCUGUUUAACAAUACCUUGCCAACACGGGAUAAUGAGCCAGAAGAGCUUGAGUCUGUUAACGAUUCCGAUGUUAACAAUAAUACAUCACAAGUAGUGUAUGACGAUUCGAGCGUUACAGAAAGCAAUGAAGAGGCAUCGAACUUAAAUGAAUCUACAAGUGAUACAUCACCGUCGGAGAAAGAUGCACCGCCCGUUGCCGAUCGUUCCGAGUCUGAUUCUUCUUAUCACGAAGCGGAUGGUAGUAUUGGUGAGUUACUUCCGGCAGCGACUUUAUCCAAUCGUGAAAGGAGUUUAGAUAACGAAGACAGUAACGUAAAUGAUGCAAUGAAAUUUGCGAGCUUCGUAACGUUGAGGCGAGGUUCAGAAGCAUUGGAAGAGUCGGUAGAAGACUUUACCUUGAUGUUGCGUCAACCAGCACAAAAUAUGCAAUUCAAUAUCGACAACUUGCGAUUGCCCGUUUUGGAGGAAUCCAAUGUAAAUAAUUCUACUGUCAACAACGAAAGUGACACUGACGUAAACGCCACGAUACCGAGAGUUACGAAUAUCCCGGUAGCAUCUGUGUCGAAUCGGAGCAUAAACGAGUUUGACUAUAACCACAUCACAAUAAAACUGCCGUUAAUUUUAAUUAACGAUCAUAAGAGAAUGUCGACACCGCAAAAGACAAAGCAUUCCAGUAAAAGUGUUAAAAAAUCGAAUAUGAAAGAGCAAGCGGAUUCCGCGGAAAAUUCUUCGAGAACUAAGGGUAUAAUAAAAUCGCGAAACACUCGAGAGAAUAGUCGAGAUCCAAGUAUGGCAAAAGUCGUUUUGGAGAAGCUCAAUGAGUCUCAUGUUAAGUCAAGAAGGUCAUCUAAUGAUAUCCAAACUUCAACUAAUAAUCUGAUGAAAGACACGUCCGAUGAUGACGAUAAUCGAGACUCGGAAAACGGCGUCUAUGCUUCAAGUCGUCCUAGGCGAAAAAAGGCGCCAGUGAAUUUGAAAGAACCUAAAUUAAAUAAGAAAUUGAGACGAGAGUAGGAAGAAUUAAUAUAUGUCAAAAUUUAAUGAAAAGAAUUGUUACAUGUACUAUCAGUAGCAUGCUGAUAUUGCUGAAAGCUAUUCCUUUUUCCAUAUGUAUCAAAUUUUUACCCGUUGCAGUUUCAUUCAAUUUUAGUUCUGUUUUUUGAUUUGGUAUCCGUUUCAAGAAUGGGAGACGGGUAUAAUAAAUCUGCCUUAUUGACAUCUGUCUCUAGCUUUCCACGAGAGUCUUGUGAAGAGCUUGAGUUCAGAACACAAAGAUAUUUGCAUUAUAUGAAGAUGAAUACAAAAUCAAUUGAAUACAAAGAUGAAUACAAAAUAGUUGUGUUUACUUUCGCGGAAAUCGAAUUUUGACAGAACAAUAUAAACGGACUUACUAGGUAUAAAUCAUAGUGUAAUUAGAAAAGUGACGUAUUGCAUAUAAUAAUCGCUCGUUAUUUUAACCAAUCAGAUGCAUGCACUAAUGUAACCGAUGAAUUUUAAAGAUACUUGCCCUAACAUAGUUAGGUUAUCCUACAUUGGUUUUGCAUUGUACACAUCUAAUUGGCUGAGUCUCCUUUCCUUUUUAAAUUUCUGAACAAUUGCGCAUCUUUGGGAAUCUUUCUAAUUACACCAUGGUGUAAAUUAUCUGAAUAGCUGGUAAAUUUCAAUAUUAAUAGUGUUUGUUAGUAGGUAUCUUGAGGGGGAGGGGGAGUUACAAUUGAUUCAACUAUCCUAAAAUAGUCUCAUGGGAACGUCAUAUUUCGGAUACGUUAGUUCUUCCGCUGAUAUAUCGCAUAUAUUAUAAUUGGCCUUAUUGUUAUAUUUUAAGCAUUGAUACAUACAAGAAUCAUGCAAUAUAACUUCCUUCUACAGUAUUAUUGUACAAUACCGUAUUCUUUUGUAUGUCAUUAGAUUUAUUUUAAUAAAUAUAACCAAAAUACAUUGUGUAAA